UCCAGAGCGGUCCGAACUCAUCGCCCAUCCAAAAACGUUUUCCCCAACCCGCGAUUCUUCUCUUCGUCCUAAAAUCCAUCCUAAUCAUGGCUUUCACCCACUCUAUGCUCUCCCUCUCCCAACCCAAGCCCUGCGCCGCCGCCGCCGCCGCUGAUGCCUGGCGGCCACCGGUGCCCACUCGUCGUCUCGCUUUUACUGUCUAUUCUCCAUCUCCGUCCCCCUUUUCCCGGGCUGAGCCGGCCAGUGCGGUUGCCACCCUCAGAAGAAGCAAAAGCAAAGCAAGAGCACAAAUGCAUGAAUCUGGAAGUGCUUUGGCAGCGGAUGCUUUAACAAGUGUUAAGCAUGUGCUUCUUCCAAUCACUGAUCGGAACCCUUACCUUUCAGAGGGAACAAGACAGGCUGCAGCAACCACCACUGCCCUCGCAAAAAAAUACGGAGCUAAUAUCACAGUUGUUGUUAUCGAUGACAAGCCAAAAGAGUCGAUUCCUGAACAUGAUGCUCAACUAUCUAGUAUCCGAUGGCACCUUUCAGAAGGUGGAUUCAAGGAGUUUGGCUUGAUGGAACGAUUGGGAGAGGGGAAGAUGCCAACUGCUAUCAUAGGCGAGAUAGCUGAUGACUUGAACUUGGAUCUGGUGGUCUUAAGCAUGGAAGCAAUUCACUCGAAGUAUGUUGAUGGAAAUCUGUUGGCAGAGUUCAUCCCAUGCCCGGUCUUACUUUUACCUCUCUAACUGUUUUAACUUGCCGCUUGCGCAUGGUAUAAAUUCUUCUUCCCAACGGAGCUGUUCCAAUGAUUAGCUAAAUCUGGCCCUUCUUCCUCUUCUUCUUCUUCCAAUUGUCAUCAUCUUUAAUAUCUUCGAUAUACAUUUCUAGUAUUUCUGAUCUUUGGGCCAGUCUUCAAUAGCAUCUUCUACUCAACUUGUUAGAAGUUGAUUAUUUGCUGCUUGUCUACUGGUGAAUAUCUCUGCUAUUCACGAGUUUGAAGAAAACAAAAUCAUACUCUUUUCGAAUU